AUGGGCGUGGUGUACGCCCAUCUGGUGAAGUCGAUCAUCCCCUCGGGUAACAUCAUACUGGGAGGGUGGUCUCUUGGAGGGUCUCUAGCGCUGGAGGUGGCAUCCCGACUCAUGAAACUACCGCAAUACAUGGUACAAGGAGUCAUUUUGAUUGACAGCGUUUUUCUGUCGAACACUGUCAAGGCUCAUACCCCUACAAAUCUUGACGAAUUUGUCGCCAGCUUCAAGUUCCCCCCCCAGAUGCCGGACACUGUAUUGGCUCAGGCAAAGCAAUGUGUUUUGCAUUCUUAUGAAGCCCAACAGGGCUGGCAGCCACCGCCUCUUGCAUCCCGACCUCCCGCUGUGCUCCUGCGUGCAACAGAGCCGAUAAAUCCUCAUAAAGCGGAUAUGCACUUUCUAGACAGCGCCAGGGACUCGAAAUAUCUUGGGUGGGAAGACUGUGACUCGAGCUUUAUCGUGGCCUGUCUAGAGGUUCCCGGUAAUCAUUUUACGCUUUUCGAUAGCCCAAAUAGCGACACCCCUGAAUGA